GCCAUUUUGAAGAACCUUUUCCGCGACAAGGUAUCUCUCACGCGCCGCCGCAUCGAAAUUUUGAACUACAGGUACGAUAAGGCAGUUUCCAUUUCCGAACAUAUCGACCGAAUAAACCGUUUCGCAUCAGAUUUCGAGCGUACUAAACUUACCGACGAUAACCUUAGAGUACUAUUACUCCUACAAUCAUUCUGUUUCUCUCGCGAAAACGACGACCUGAAGAAGAUGGCUUUACGUAUAGUAGAGAAAAACCCGGAUGCCACUCUCAAAGAUAUCACUUCAGAGUUAGAAGCCCAUAUGAACGUAUCGGAAAAUAUGAAAACGCUCGAGAACCCGACCACUUCCGCGUCAAUCACACACGCAGUGCGCGCAAAUCCGAAAGCGCAAAAACGUCCCCCGGCGGAAACCGCUAAACGAGUCGAGGAACGCGACGGCGCGUCAAGGAAACCGUCCCGUCUUUCGAAGUGCAACGGCUGCGAUGGCUCGCACCUCCGGUCAAAAUGCCCAUUCCGCGACGCUACAUGCUAUAAGUGCUCUAAGAUAGGCCAUAUUGCCAAAGUAUGUCGCUCGAGUGCGAAAGUCGACAAAUUAUCCGCGGCCGACGACACAGACGAGGACACAGAUGAAACAGUCAAGCCAGCGAUCCAGUCGAUAACGUCGAUCGGCAGACACCGUCGCGUCUACGUCCCGGUCAAAUUACUCGGUAAAACAGUGCAAUUCCAACACGAUAGCGGAUCGGAUGUUACUACCAUCGGUAAAGACACGUGGAUACGUUUAGGCAGCCCGACACUCAAUACAAGCAGACCCGUGGAACACGCGGGUGGAAACGCGCUAGAAACAGUUGGAAGAUUUAAGGGUAGAAUACGUGUAGCUGACCGCGAGGGUGACGUUUUCAUAGAGGUGGUCGCGCGUGGCGGCCUUAACCUGCUCGGACUGAAUGCCAUCGAUAACCUCAACCUAGGAUCCAUGUCUCUCGACAGCUGCCGCGAACUCUGCCUCAACGAAUGCACACCGCGUGCAGCCGUUAUCCACGGCAAAUCAAAUCCGACCGUGGGACCAGUACCAUCGUUCAGAGACCAGAUCAUCAAAGAAUUUCCAAAACUUUUUUCCUCCGGCCUCGGAAAAUGCAAAAACUUUAAAGCCAAAUUCAUGCUGUCCGAAAGUUUUGUUCCAGUUCGAACACCCUGCCGGCCAAUCCCAUAUGCCAUGGAAACGCCGCUCGGAAAAGAACUUCGACGUCUGGAAUCUCUAGGCAUAAUCGAACGCGUUCGCCAAUCAGAUUGGAGUUCCCCAAUUGUUAUUGCUAAAAAGGCUAAUGGGGAUAUCCGAUUAUGUGCUGACUAUUCCGUGGCAGUGAACAGCGCUCUAAAAAACAACCCGUAUCCUUUGCCAAACGUAGAUAACAAAAUGUCUAAACUAAACGGUAAUAAAUAUUUCAGUGUUCUGGACCUCAGCGAAGCUUUUUCGCAAAUCGAAGUCGUUGAAGAGCACCGCGACGUCACUACAAUUACGACCCCAAACGGCCUUUAUAGAUUCAAUCGUGUACCCUUUGGCCUUAAGACGGCGCCAGCCAUUUUCCAAGAAGCUAUGGAUGAAACACUCGCCGGUUUAGAGGGCGCGGAGGCGUAUUUGGACGACGUUAUAGUGAGGGGUGCCACCCGCCAAGAACACGAUAGGCGUCUCCGCCUGACCUUGCACCAACUUGAAGAAAGAGGUUGGAGGUUGAGGCCGGAGAAGUGCCACUUCGCCUUAGAGGAAAUCAAGUACCUCGGUCUAAUAGUGAACAGCUCGGGCAUUUCCACAGAUCCAGAAAAUACUCGAGCAAUUGCGAAGAUGCCGAAACCUUCCUGCGUGCCGGAGGUUCAAACACUACUAGGGAUGGUAAACCACUACGGAAAGUUUAUACCACACCUCCACGAACUAAAAAAACCGCUGGAGGAUCUGACGAGAAAGGACCACCCCUGGUCUUGGGAAUCGCAGCACGACGAAGCUUUCCAACGCCUCAAGGAAAUUUUCCUUAGCCCUUUACUACUGGAACAUUUCGACCCAUCAAAAACCCUAAUAGUUGCAGCCGACGCUAGCUCCACGGGGAUUGGGGGAGUACUCCUACAACGCGAUCAGAAUGGACAAGAACGUGCUGUCUACCACAUGGCACAAAGUUUAACAGCUCCUCAACGCAACUACUCUCAACUAGAAAAGGAAGCCCUCGCGUUAGUCACGGCGGUCGAACGCUUUCACAAAUUCCUGUGGGGAAGGAAUUUCAUCUUGCAAACGGACCAUAAACCCCUCGUCGCACUCCUACAAACAGAAAACACCAAGGGACUGAGACCGACCACAGCAGCUCGCCUCAAACGAUGGGCAAUAAGACUACUCGGAUACGACUUUAAGAUCGAAUAUGUCCGCUCACAGGAUUUCGGGCAAGCAGAUGCCCUGUCUCGCCUAAUAGAGAAAUUCCGUCAAGACAACCUCGAAGAACUCCAAGUCGCCAGCAUCCGCCUCAUAGAAGACGAAGUUCUACAAAUCAGAAAUCUAUCCAUCGACAGAUUCGGCGAAGACCUCCGCUUUAAGUUAAAGACGGCUACGGGCGCGGACCCAGACCUCGCGACAAUCAUAGAAGCCAUCCGGGAAAAUAAAGUUCCGGCAUCAAACUCACCGACGGUAGAACAUUACAAGAAGCGUUGGGACUGUCUGUCAAUCGUUGACAACACUUUAUUGCUAGGAGACAGGGUAGUCAUACCUCAAAGUAUGCAGUCCAGCAUCCUGUCAUCCCUCCAUAAGGGUCACCCAGGGAUCAGACGAAUGAAGCAGCUAGCGCGCGAGUACGUAUACUGGCCAAAACUCUCCGAAGAUAUCGAACGCCUCGUGAAACGAUGCGACCCUUGUUCACUGACAAGGAAACUACCAAUCAAGGUCCCUAUCAGCCCGUGGCCAAUCCCUUCUAAACCUCUCGAACGCCUACAUGUGGACUACGCGGGACCAAUCGACGGCCAAUACAUACUUGUUUUCGUUGACGCAUACUCAAAGUUCAUCGACGUAGCAAUCACGCCCACCAUAUCGGCUAUCCGCACGGUCGAACUAUGCCGAGAGACCUUUUCCAGGUACGGGCCCCCCGAAGUUCUAAUUAGUGACCACGGAACACAAUUUACUGCAGACAUCUUCGCGAAAUUUUGUAGAGAAAUGCAAAUUACACAUAUCUUAUCCGCUGUAAACCACCCCCAGUCUAAUGGCCAGGCGGAGAGAAUGGUCGACUCAAUCAAAAGAGCCAUCGCCAAGGACACAGCCAACUGGAAGAAAGAACUCCAAGACUUCCUGUACAGUUACAGAUACACCCCGUGUUCCGCAGCCCCGGAGGGAAAGUCACCGGCGGAACUAUUUUUCGGGAGAAGAAUUAUCUCACCUUUCUCUAAAUUCCUCCCUAAACUUCCAGACCAAACCGUUCCUCCGACCGACCUCAUUCUAGGGCAGCGCAAGAUGCAGAAGCAGUUUGAUCAGCACCACGGAACCCGCCCAAGAACUCUUAAACCUGGAGACCGAGUCGUCGUCGCACUAAAAGAUAGACGCGAACAAGGAUACAUCGUAAACGUUCUAUCAAAUUCACGCUAUCGAGUACACCUAGAUAAUGGCAAGUCGGUCGAGCGUCACAUCAACCACAUUUGGGAGGGAGGCGACACCCCGAGAGCUCCAAACUCCCCGGUCUCGGACGAUUGGAUCUUCCACGAGCCUAACCGGGAUCGGGACCCGCCAGAACCUCAGUUCAGCCCUCCGGCCCCCCCACAAGAAGACCACGAACCCGAAUUGGAAACAGCUCCGGACAUAACGCCAGUCAGGCCCAUCCGUCGGAGAGUCCAGCCACGAAGACUUGUCUUGGAUCCCAAAGCCAAAUCAUACACCCAGGUUUAGUCUUAUAAGAGG